AUGGGUGCCCUCAAAUACGUUGAAGAGCUUCAAAAGAAGAAGCAAUCCGAUGUGCUUCGCUUCCUGCUGCGCGUCCGAUGCUGGGAGCUUCGUCAACUCAAUGUGAUCCACCGUGCUUCCCGCCCAUCGCGCCCCGACAAGGCCCGCCGUCUCGGCUACAAGGCUAAGCAGGGCUACGUUAUCUACCGUGUCCGUGUCCGCCGUGGAGGACGCAAGAGGCCCGCUCCCAAGGGUGCCACCUACGGCAAGCCCACCAACCAGGGUAUCAACCAGCUCAAGUACCAGCGCUCUCUCCGCUCCACCGCCGAGGAGCGUGUUGGUCGUCGCUGCGCCAACUUGCGCGUCCUGAACUCGUACUGGGUUAACCAGGACUCGACCUACAAGUACUUUGAAAUCAUCUUGGUCGACCCUCAGCACAAGGCUAUCCGUCGCGAUCCCCGCAUCAACUGGAUCGUCAACCCUGUUCACAAGCACCGUGAAUCUCGCGGUCUCACUGCCAUUGGCAAGCAGUCCCGUGGUAUCAAGAAGGGCCACGGCUACACCAAGACCAACGCCGGCCGGAGAAAGACCUGGAAGCGCCACAACACCCAGAGCUACUGGCGCUACCGUUAG